AUGCGUCGAAGAAAAAGCUCUUCAUGUGAAGUGAAUAUGAAGAAGAGUGAGAAUGAAAUUCCUGUGACGCGUUUGAAGUUGUGCAUGCUGUUCGUUUACAUGAGGAACAAUGGCGAGUGUUUUAGCAAGGACUUUAUUUUAUCCCACACUCGCUUACAAUGUUGUCAUGGAAAAGAUCACUUCCAGGCAUUGGUAUAACCGCGUGGAUCCUACUGUCAUUCUUGGUGCUCUUCCAUUCAGGUCAAUGACAGAGGAGUUGGUCCAAAAAGAGAAAGUCAGAGGAGUUAUUACUAUGAAUGAAGAAUAUGAGACAAACUAUUUCUGCAAUUCAGCUGAGGAGUGGCGAGCUGUUGGCGUUGACCAGAUCAGACUCAGCACGGUGGACCUGACAGGUGUUCCCAGCCUAGAGCACAUUCACAAGGGUGUUGACUUCGUCUUGAAACAUCGAGAGCAGGGCACCAGUGUCUAUAUCCACUGCAAGGCUGGCCGCUCACGCAGUGCAACUAUUGCAGCCGCAUACCUCAUCAGGCUGCACUGUUGGAGUCCAGAGGAGGCCUGUAAGGUGCUGGCCUCAGUCCGGCCUCAUGUGCUGAUCCGCUCAGCCCACUUGGAGACUCUGCAGGAGUACUACAAGCAAGUGUGCGCUUCAGAGUCCAGCUAGAAGAUAGAGUGUACAAAUGCUGACAAUAAUGCCAAUUCUGUUAUAUUGUAGAGCCUUAAUAAGUUGUUUUUCCUUGUUGGAGUGCAUAUUUUUCUAUAUAUUCUUUCAAUAAUCAGUGUACUGUAAAUAAAAUCAGACCUAAAGCUA